AUGGCCAUGCCAGAGAAAUCAAGUUGUGCUAAACCAAAUGAGGAUUUCAGUCAUUUCCCCGAGAUUAUUGAACUGAACGUGGGUGGUCAGGUGUACAUCACUCGCUAUCUUACUUUGGUCAGUGUUCCUGGCUCCCUGCUCUGGGAAAUGUUCAGUGAAAAGAAUCCUUGCUACCUAAUCCAGGACAACAAAGGGAGAUUCUUUGUAGACCGAGAUGGUUUCCUCUUUCGUUAUGUGCUAGACUACAUGAGAGACCGGAAACUAGUGCUUCCUGACCACUUUCCAGAGUGUGGUCGGCUCCAGAGAGAAGCAGAAUACUUCAAGCUACCAGAGUUAGUGAAGAUGCUGGCUCCCAAAAUCAAUAAGAUAAAGUCAUUUGGCAAUGAUUUAUGCCAAAGUGAUCUAGAAGAGCUUUCCUCCAACAUUGACAUCACAUGCAAUCUCUUUUCAAGUAAUAACAUCCAAGUUAGCAGCCCUGAUAACUCCUCAGUUCUGAGUGCAAAUACUGGUUCUGACCUCAAGAAGGCAGGUUUCAUCACAAUUGGCUAUCGAAGCUCCUAUACUCUGGGUAGGGAUAGCCAAGCAGAUGCCAAAUUCCGCCGCGUGGCCCGAAUCAUGGUGUGUGGUAAGAUCUCAUUGGCCAAAGAAGUAUUUGGAGAUACUCUAAAUGAGAGCAGAGAUCCUGAUCGUCCCCCUGAGAGGUACACUUCUCGAUAUUACCUCAAAUUUACCUUUCUGGAACAAGCCUUUGAUAAAUUAGCUGAUGCUGGCUUUCACAUGGUUGCAUGCAACUCCUCUGGCACCUGCACUAUCACCCAUGACCAAACAGAUGACAAGAUCUGGACUUCUUACACUGAAUAUGUUUUCUGCCGGGAGUGAUACUUUAAAGAAAAUCACCAAGAAAAUACAAA